AGCAAUCAUGGCUGUCCAUGACGGUAAGCUUACUUCAUCAGCAGCAGACAAUAAGAAGUGCAACAGCGAGUCCCAGGCAACUGACCCAUCAAGGGAAUCAUGCCAGAGCGGAAGACAGCCACAUCCAUUGCUGGGGGCUGGCCUAUUCUCCCAAACAUUCUUCACUUGGAUGUUUGGAUUUUUUCGUCGAGGGUAUAAGAGACCUCUCGUAGAGGAGGACCUGUAUGAUGUUUUGCCCGACCACUCUGCAGGUGUGUUAGUGAGUAAACUCGAAAGUGAAUGGAAUAAAGAAUUGAACAAAAGUAAUAUCACAGGGAGAUCUCCGUCCCUCCCGUGGGCGUUGUUCAGGGUAUUUGGUGUGAAGUUUAUGCUCUACAGUUUUCCCGCUUUCAUUGAGGAGGUCAUCUUGAAGAUGGUUCAGACGGUCAUGUUGGCCCGUCUUAUUUUGUACUUCUCAACCGACCUCGUGUCAACCAAUGAGGCAUACUUGCAAGCUGUCGGUCUCUCGUUGACCUCCCUGGGUUUCGUUGUUGUCCACCACUAUUCUUUCUUCGGAUUCGGCUUGACGGGGAUGAUGAUCAGAACAGCUUGCUCGGCCCUCGUCUUCAGAAAGGCCCUAAAACUCAGCAAUGUUGCACUUGGAGAAACCGCAGUUGGUCAGCUAGUGAACAUCCUCUCCAAUGACGUCAACAAAUUUGAUCAGGUCUUUUUGUUCCUAACUUACCUGUGGAUAGCACCAAUCCAGCUGACUGUGAUGAUCGUCUUGUGCUGGCGAGAGAUUGGAGUUUCCUGCUUGGCAGGUAUCUCCGUCAUAAUCUUGAUGGCGCCCUUUCAAGUUUAUACUGGGAAGCUGUUUUCUAAACUCAGAUCCAAGACAGCCUUGUUAUCGGAUGCAAGACUCCGUGUCAUGAAUGAGGUGAUAUCAGGGAUGCGUGUCAUCAAGAUUUUCGCCUGGGAACAAGCCUUUGAGAAACUAGUCACUGAAAGACGACGUGAGGAGAUACGCAAGAUACUGCACACCUCUUACUUACGCGCAGUAAUCUAUGCCUUCCUGAUCGAUGGCGCCCUACUGACCACAUUCGUAACGUUCCUGGUCUACGCAUCGCUUGGUAACCCUGUCACGUCGUCCAAGGUGUUCCCGGUUCUCUCGCUCCUCUACAGGACCCGAACCUGUCUGUGCGAAUACUUCCCGCUAGGCUUGAUUAACAGGGCGGAGGGACUCGUCUCCAUGCUUAGGAUUCAGAAAUUCCUACUCAUGGGAGAGAUUGAGAGACAUGCCAGUGAGGCCAGUGUAGAAAAUAACGCCAAUGUUCAGAGGGGAAACCCCGCAAUUACGUUGGACGAGACUGCUGCAGAAGGCACUGUUGCUGACAGGGAAGCUAGCAAUGCGAGCGUCACGGAAGUUUGGACGGGUAUCUCACAACGCCUGGAUCGAGAAGCACGAGUACAUAGCAUGGGCUGUCUGAUUGACCCCAAGAGCGAUCAGGUGAUCAGAGGGUACGUUGGACCUGCUGGAAUCCACGAGGAAGAGGAUCUAAGCAAGCCUGAACCUUUGGCAGACAGGAAAGACUGGAAAGGGAUUGUUAUGAGGAAUGUGUACGCAUCGUGGAAUAAGAAUGUCAGCAAUAGUGUACUUCAAAACAUCAGUUUUUGCGUUAAGCCUGGAGAGCUUCUGGCAGUAAUUGGUCCCGUUGGAUGUGGAAAGUCUUCCCUCUUGAUGACCCUGCUGGGUGAGCUUCCUACUGUAUCAGGAGUCAACAACGUGAAUGGUCAGGUGGGCUACGUGGCCCAGCAGCCCUGGAUCCUGUCCUGCUCACUUCGGGACAAUAUCCUUUUCGGGAGUGGGUACGAGCCAACCAAGUACAAGCGAGUUAUUGGGCAAUGUGCGCUCACCAGGGAUGUUGAGCUGCUACCUCAUGGAGAUCAGACACUGGUCGGUGAGCGUGGUGUGACCCUUAGUGGAGGUCAGAGGGCAAGGGUCAGCUUAGCAAGGGCCCUGUACAGCGAAGCUGAUGUUUAUCUCCUGGAUGAUCCGCUUAGCGCAGUGGAUCCGACAGUUGGAAGACACCUCUUUGAAACGUGCAUUCUUCAUCAGAUGAGAGACAGGGCUCGAGUCCUCGUCACUCACCAGCUACAGUUCCUGGACAAAGCCGAUAAGAUUCUCAUUCUGAAACAGGGCAGUACAGCUGGUUAUGGGACCUACCGCCAGCUACAGGAGGAAGGAGUGGACUUCGCGACUUUCCUGAAGAAGCAAUCUGAGGACGUUGAUUACGCUGGAGAAAAGCAGAUGGUCCUCAAACACCACACACGUGAAAGAAACAUAUCAACUCACGACAAUGCUUCGUUUUCUCCUGUCCAGGAUGAGGUGGAGACACCCAUCAACAUCAGUCCAGAAGAGAAAGCGGUGGGUGUUGUUGAUUGGAAGGUGUACAUCCGGUACAUUCGGGCAGCAGCAGGAUUAUUCUUCUUGUUCGUCUGGGUGAUUGUCGCGGUCGGUGGGCAGGCGUUGCUGACAUUUACGGACUUCUGGUUGGCUACGUGGGCCUACGAGGAAGAGAAGGAUUUAGCCGUCAGAAAUCAGGAUAACCAGAAUGAUACCACAUUCGACCAACAGCCGCACUACAUCAGGAUUUACGCCAUCUUGUGUGGAGGAUCAACGCUUGUUGUGUUCGUCCGUAGCUUUCUAUUCUUCCAUUUGUUUGUGAGUGCCUCUAAGGCCCUUCACAACCAAGUGUUUGCUGAUGUCAUCAGAGCACCCAUGCAGUUCUUCGAUAAAAAUCCAGUGGGUCGGAUUCUGAAUCGCUUUUCGAAGGAUAUUGGCUUCAUGGAUGAUCUCCUGCCUGCAACGUUUUCGGAUUUUCUGCGGAUUUCCUUGGAUACCAUAGCCUACAUCAUCUUGAUUUCCACCUUCAAUCCUUUCUGCCUCGCUUUCACCCUCCCGAUUGUCAUCGUGUUUUUCCUCAUAAGGAGAUUCUAUUUAGCCUCCUCUCGAGACGUCAUGAGAUUAGAGGGAAUAGCUCGCAGCCCUGUAUUUUCCCACCUGUCGGUCACUCUGACCGGUCUAAGCACGGUCCGGGCGUUCAAGGCCCAGCAGCGCUUCACUGCGGACUUUGACAGGUACCUGGACAGCCACACCCGGGCCUGGUUCCUCUUUCUGGCGACGUCACGCUGGCUCGGAGUGCAGCUGGAUUUCCUCAGUUCUUUGUUCGUCUGCGGAGUUAGCUUUACUUGCAUUUUGACCGCUGGUUUCCUUAAUCUGAACUCGGGCACUGUCGGCCUGUCGUUGACGUACGCCAUCAGCCUACUGGGGGUGCUUCAAUGGGCGGUUCGGCGGAGUGCAGAGUUAGAAAAUCAAAUGACAUCUGUGGAGCGAGUGUGUCAAUAUAUUGAUAUCAAGCCCGAAGCUCCGUUGGAGACUGACCUUAAACCGCCUCCUGACUGGCCGCAAGAUGGAGGCAUUACGCUCCAUGAUACUUCCUUGAGAUAUACUCCUGACGGGCCACAAGUGCUGCAAAAUAUCAGCUGCUCCAUCAAGCCAAGAGAAAAGGUGGGCAUCGUGGGCAGGACAGGGGCGGGUAAGAGCUCCCUGAUGACAGUGUUAAUGCGACUGGCCGAACCCACGGGUACCAUCAUGAUAGACGGUGUCAACACGGCCCCGAUAGGGCUGCACGACCUCCGAAAGAAGGUCUCCUUCAUACCACAGGACCCACUUCUGUUCAGUGGAACACUAAGGAAAAACCUCGAUCCAUUUGGUGAGCACGCUGAUUGGGAUUUAUGGAGAGCUAUUGAAGAGGUGGAGUUGAAGCCAGCAGUGGAAGAGCUUCCUGACAAGCUAGAGGCAGUCCUGACAGAGGGAGGCACCAACUUAAGCGUGGGUCAGAGACAGCUGCUGUGCCUGGCCAGGGCCAUCCUACGUCAAAACAAGAUCCUGAUAGUGGACGAAGCCACGGCCAACGUGGACGUCAGAACUGACAGGUUGAUCCAGGCUACUAUCCGACAGAGGUUCAAACACUGCACGGUCCUGACCAUAGCUCAUCGCCUCAACACCAUCAUGGACUCUGACAAGGUCAUGGUACUUGACGCAGGGCGACUGAUCGAGUUUGAAGAGCCUUACAUUCUUCUCCAGAAGGAGGACGGUGCCUUCACCAGGAUGGUCCAGGAGACGGGCAAGGCUGAGACAGCCGAACUCAUCCAGAUUGCUGCUGACAAACACGCGGAGAAAGCUGCCAACGACCCAGAAGACGUCGAUGUAUCAGCCUGCCUGUACCAUUGAAAACGACCGCCAUGAUGGGCGCAAAGUGACAACAUAUAACUCAAAAAAGAAUGAUCAUAUUACAUCUGUUUUGCGAGCUUUACAUUGGUUGCCAAUAAAGCAGAGGUGUAAAUUUACACUUUUGUGCUUGGUUUUUAAAUUUUGAAUAGUAAAGCUCUAGUGUACCUUAAAGAUGUCCUUAACAUUAGAGUAACUAAUCGAGAGUCACGCUCAAUGUCAGCCGGCAAAACUCAGCUCUACCAACCAGUGGAGAGAGUUGCCAGUUUCUAUAGCGAUCAGGCUUCUUCAUUUUGCGCACCUCGAUUAUGGAAUAACCUGCCGGUUUCAGUGUAUCAGUUUCAAUCGUAUGAUGGUUUUAAAAGGCGUCUGAAAACCCUCCUUUUUAAUGAGUAUGUUAACCAAUUUUAAUUCUUAUAAAUGGGUCAUUAGGGAGAGAUUUUGUGGUAAAUUUUCUGGCCUUAGAGAGACAUCGGUCAUUAGGGAGACGUCUCCCUAUAAUGCCCCAUCUACCAGAAGGAGGUCGAAUUUUAUCGUCCAAAUUUUGAGAGAUGAUCGAUUAGGGUCUAAAUUGAAAACAUGCAAAGUUUCGUUCAGAUCAGAUUAGGGAAUAUUUAAUUAUGGGACAGUAAAGUUUGUACACGUGCGGAAACAGGUAAUAGGUUGCGGACUGCGGAUUGCGGAUUAUUUAAUAAGUGUUCUUUUAAAAUUGUAUUUUGUUUUAUUCUUUUGUAACUCUUGUAUAAAAUAAGACAAUUGCAAUUGUGUAAACAUAGUCAUUAUAUAAGCUAAAGAAGUAGUAGGAAAUAGCCGGUUCUCUGUCAUAUUGAAUUCCGCGACCCUAAAAACUCAUUCUUUCUCUCCAAAACUGGAGACGUUGCUUUGGGGCCCACCCCAGUCUCUAAAACUCGCGGCUGUACCGCGUCGCUUUGCUAAGAACCCAAGCCCCCGGAGCGCAGUCUCGAGUUUUAAAAAGGUGGUCGGUCUGGAGACCAGGAGCCAGAAGGGACGCAGCAGAAUUUUCCAUUGCAAUGUCUCCUGCUGCCACAGCUAAAUCAUGUUGACGGUGGCCAUCAUUGUGCGUGCAGCUAGAUAGGUGUAAGAGACGGAGAAGGCUUUUGGGCUUGAAGAUUGAGUUGGACUAAAAAUAAGUAUGUGAUUUAUAGGUUAGAGAAUGAGAGAAAAGUAAACAUUCUAUCGUUUGAGGAGCUGGUUUAGGCGUGUUUCAAGAAAAAACAAGUGAACAUUUCGACUUGGUUGCUUUUACCGUACUCUGCAAUUUAACGAACACCAUUUUAAUUCCAUUUUUUCACCUCUGGGAUUACACCAAGUACACAGUGUAAUGAAUAAAUGUCGGUUUGGGGCAAAACCAA